UUAGGGGGGGAAAAAAAUAAAAGCAUCCCAGUGGCUGCGCUGAAACGAGAUAGGAGAGGGACAGCGGCAGCAGCGGCGGCAGCAAGUGUCACCCAGUCCUGCAACAUGGGGAGGGCUCUGGAGUUUAAAACGGUGUGAAUAUGAUAGCCCAUCUGGAGCCUUUGGUCCCGCUUAUGCAAGUGGAGAUCACCGUGCACGAUUGAAAGUUGUCAGUUCGGAGGCACUAAUCUGUCAAGAGGUCGGUGUAGGUACCCAGAAAGACAACGAUCAUUGGAUAUUAACAGAUACAGCCACCCGGUGAAGAAGAGGAAAACAACAACAGGAAAAAAAAAAAAAAAACAGACUUGGAUUUCAUCUUGGAGCCCCCGCAUGAGAAGAUUUAUUUUGGAGGACAAAAGUCAGGCACCAGGGAGGUGAGUGGCGGGUUUACCCUCUGAGGGGGUAAAAAAACAUGACUGUGGUGUCCCAGGGCAAUAAGGAAGAGGCUGUGACGAUCACCCCUUUGCUCCAAGAUGCUGCGGACUUGGAACCGGCGGACCAGGAGUGCACCGAGAGGGUGGUCAUCAACAUAUCGGGCCUGCGCUUCGAGACGCAGCUGAAAACCCUGUCGCGCUUCCCGGCAACGCUCCUGGGGGAUCCGCGUAAAAGGACGCGCUUCUUCGACCCGCUGAGGAACGAGUACUUCUUCGACAGGAACAGGCCGAGCUUUGACGCCAUCCUCUAUUAUUACCAGUCGGGCGGCAGGCUCAGGAGGCCCGUGAGCGUGCCCGUGGACAUUUUCCUGGAGGAGCUGAAGUUUUACGAACUCGGGGAGGAAGUGAUCGAACUGUACAAAGACGACGAGGGCCUGCCGAGAGAGGAGGAGCGCAACCUGCCGACCAGCGAGUACCAGCGGCAGCUCUGGCUCCUCUUUGAGUAUCCGGAGAGCUCGGGACCCGCGCGGACGAUCGCCAUCGUGUCUGUCAUGGUUAUUUUGAUAUCCAUUAUUAUAUUCUGCUUAGAGACCUUACCGGAGUUUAGAGAGGUGCCCCCAGAGCCAGAGCAGCACGCCAACGGAAGCGCAGACAGCAAAGCGCCCAGUCCCUUCACAGAUCCCUUCUUCAUGGUGGAGACGCUCUGCAUUGUGUGGUUCUCCUUUGAGUUCACCCUCAGGUUCCUGUCCUGCCCCAGCAAAGCGGCGUUCUUUAAAAACAUCAUGAACCUGAUUGACGUGGUGGCCAUCGCGCCCUAUUUCAUCACCCUGGGCCUGGAUCUGGCCGAGCACGAGGGCAGCAGUCAGCAGGCGGCCUCCCUGGCCAUCCUGAGGGUCAUCCGGCUGGUGCGCGUCUUCAGGAUCUUCAAGCUCUCCAGACACUCCAAGGGGCUGCAGAUCCUGGGCCAGACUCUCCACGCCAGUCUCAGGGAGCUGGGGUUGCUCAUAUUCUUCCUGCUCAUUGGAGUUAUUCUGUUUUCCAGCUCGGUCUUUUUCGCCGAAGUGGAAGACCCAGACACUGUAUUCUCGAGUAUACCCGACGCGUUCUGGUGGGCCGUGGUGACCAUGACCACGGUGGGCUACGGGGACAUGUAUCCCUCCACUAUCGGGGGGAAAUUCGUCGGGUCCCUGUGCGCCAUCGCCGGAGUGCUGACCAUAGCCCUACCUGUUCCUGUCAUCGUGUCAAAUUUCAAUUAUUUCUACCACAGAGAGAACGAAGAGGAGGAAAAUGUGCAGUACAUCCAUGUGACCUGUGGGCAGCCGGUGCAGCAGCCCUCCUUGGGGGAAACAGAUUCCACAAAAAGCAACCAGUCCCUCUCCAAAACAGAAUCCUAUCAGGGGAGCGACGACCUGGAGGUCCUGACCCAUCCAAACGCGACUCAGCCAGAGACAUACACAGGAGCCCUGACAGACGUGUAAACGGGAGACGUUUUGUUUCUGGAAACAGAAGACUUAAUGAAGCUUUUGCUUCCUUCCGUCACAAGACAUACGCGUGGCAUUCUCUUCUCCACAAUCUCAUGGACUUCAUUUUUUUCCUAACUUUUGUAACCAACAGACUUCAAAGUGGACACUUUUUUGGGGGGAG